GUGACCAGCCUCACGCGAAGAAAGAAAAGUCUGCCGUUUAAUUUUGUGUUUUUCUUUCAUUUCGCAUCCUAGUAUUUCCUCUCGGUGUCAUGUCAGUUUGUCGGGCCGCUUUGGUGCUCCUGUGCGCGGUGUUGGCGGUGACUCGUGCCCGCAGGAGUUCACCGGAGCAGGAGGAUGUUCAGGAGAAAAUCAACAGCGCCAGAUGCACGUCCAGGUGCCUCACUCUGCAUAUGACUCAGCUAACGGCUGCAUUCAGACACCUCCAGAGUGACCAAGUUCUGGUUUGGUGUGAAAACCACAGACGCUGUGCGCAGUGCCUUCAGCCAUGCAAAGAACUGUGGGAAACCAGGCGAGUGCUUUCUCCAAGGUCCUGUGAGAAGCAGACAGAAUGUGUGACGAGCAGGGAGUUUCUGACCUCGCUGAAGUCGUCUCGUCAGGGGGACUGCCCGCCGCCUCAGCGAGCCACCGGAUUUGCUGCAGCCUGCGUAGAGAGCUGUUCGUCAGACCAGCAUUGUCCCUCCCCCAGGAAAUGCUGCUCUAAUGGCUGUGGACACACUUGCCAAGCCCCGGCUAAUCUAUAUAAAGGUGUUCCUCUGAAGCCUCGCAGAGAGAUGAGCUUCGUAGAGGAUUCAGAGGGUCAUGUGAGGGUGGUGUGGGUGUCAAAGUUCAACGUCAGCGUGGAGCCAGUCAUUUACAUGCUGCAGUCCCGCUGGAAUGUCGGGAUUCAUCCCAGUGAGGACCACGCCUCUCCAUGGACUACUGUUGCCAUGACCCUUUCUGAAGAUGUUCUUCUGUCAGAUUUGAGACCUCAGCGCUGGUACCAGUUCAGAGUAGCAGCCAUCAACAGCCACGGCAGCAGAGGUUUCACCACACCCAGCAAACACCACAUCUCCAGUAAAGACCCUUCACCUCCAGAACCUCCAGUAAAUGUCAGAGUGAGCAACCAAACUUUAGCCUGGAUGGGUUCACAACCAGGGACCCAGCUCACAGAAAGGUCGAGGGGAAGUGGGGUCACAGCGGUGGUCUUAUUAACCUGGGAGCCCCCCAGAGAGGGAGACCUGCCAGUCCACAACUACAGAGUCACCUGGAUGUCUCGACUUGAACACACAGCCCACAAACACACACACACGCUGCAUGCACACACGCAUACAGUGCACAGUAACAUGCACACGCGUCCAGCACACUCACGCACAGCGGAGCAGGGUAAAAAGGAGAGCAACAGCAGAGUGACUCAGGGGGCGCAGUGUGAGCUGUGGCUGCAGGGUCUGCUGCCAGCAACAUCUUACUUCCUUUCUGUCCAGACGGUAGCCUAUUGGGGUCAGAAGAGGCUGAAAAGUCCCAGAGCCCAAAUUGUCUUCACUACAAUGUCUUAUUCAGGCGAAGACUUCUCCAAUGAGCUCCCCUCUUCCUCAUCCUCAUCAUCUCUGCCCUCCUCUCCUUCUCUCUCAUCGUCCUCCCCCUCAUCCUCUGACCUCCCCCUCUCCUCCUCCCUGCCUCAGCCCGAAUCCCCCCUUAACCCUGUUGCCCCCGGCAACCUGCGCCUGGAGGUCGCCGCUCCUCAUUACCAUGACGACCAGCUGCAGGUCAAGGUAUUCUGGAAGUGGCCGCAUCAUGGUAGGCAGAGACACCCUGGUCCAUAUGUUUUGCGGUGGCAUCCACAUACCUGCAGUACUAAUGUUACAGGCACAGAGAGAACAGCAACUGUGCAGGGCACCCAUCACACCAUCACAGGCCUGCUGUUUGCCUGUAAGUACCAGGUUGCUGUGGCACUGAAGGCGGACCCGGGGUCAGAGGCGGUUGCCUGGGUUACAACCCCGACUUGCUCCUCCAUCAGGGUCAGAGGAGGCAAAGCUUUGCCCUGCAACACUGAGGAGCGCCUCCUGUCAGGCAGAAAGGUGAUACUACGACCAGAACGACUGACUGCAGACUUUCAACAAGUCAAUGGCACCCUGCUCAUGACGCUUCGCUGGAGGAUGUCCCAGCAUGCACUGGACCCAGCAGCUGUGGAGGGGUUCCAGUUCACCUGGACACUGCAAUCAGGUGUUACCAUGGAAACAGAGGGGCAAGAAGACACACUUAUCUCCCAGACACAGACAAUUGCACCGUCUCAGCGGUCGGUGUCAGUUCAGAGCCUUCAGGCCGACAGUGUUUACCAGCUGCAGCUCCAGGUGCUAACAACAGGAGGCAGCAACGGUGCAGCAGUCUCCAAGACCAUACAUACUCCAGCUCUCAACACCACACAUUGAUAGACCCAAACCCUGCAGUUGUCACCAUCUGCUGCACUAA